GGCGCGGCGCCGGGGCCGGGCCGAGGGCGGUGGAGGCCGUGCCGGGCCGGGCGGUAUGAUCGGCACCCUGCUCUGCUAUGUGCUGCUGCCGGCGGCGCGCUUCCUCCGGGCCCUGCGAGAUGGUUUCUUUACCUGUCGAACGAAUGUGCUUCUGGCGAAGAGCCCGUCCACCCAGAUAGAAGGCGUCUUUGCUGCAUCCAAAGGAAGAUCGGUCUCAGAAGAGCAAGAAGCCCUUCUCCAGCAGUGGUUGGAGGAAGGAGCAGGGAAUUUGCCAGCCAGUGAGAGUGUUCCAGCAGUGGGGAAAGUAUCAGUUACACUCACUAGUGACUGGUUAGAAGGUUCAGAGCUAUUGAUGACUAGCCUCAGAGAACUGAAUUCGUCUCCAGAAGCCACACCAUGUGCUGAUCAGCAGCUCUCAGAGCUAAACACCUUGGCUUCUUCAGAACUGCAAGGUCAUGCAGUGGCUGAACGGGCAAGAUUACCAGCAGAGGAAACAGUGACUGUAGCAGGCGGUGCCCCUUGGGCAGCUGUGGUGCCACAGCCAGAUCAGCAGAUAGCUGUCUGUGCUGGUAUCAACACAGAAGUGCUGAAUGAUGACCCAGCUGUGCUGGCCUGGAGUUUAGCAUGUGAUGCAGAGACAGUGCCAGCAGAGCUCCCAGCCCAGCCCAUUCAGGAUGCAGUACCAUUUUGUCCUGUCCCGACAGAGGUGCCCUACCACGAGAUUUUAUGGAGAGACUGGGAGGAUCUUUCUGUCCAGCCCUGUGUCCUAGAGCAGGUCUCAGAAAACACUCCUCUCUUUGAAUUUCGAGUCAUGUCUUACAACAUCCUUGCCCAGGACCUGGUGGAACAGGGCCUUGAUCUCUAUGUACACUGUCAUCCAGACAUCCUGAACUGGAACUAUCGCCUUCCAAAUCUUUUGCAAGAAAUCCAGCACUGGGAUCCUGAUGGUUGGUAUGUUCUUUGUCUCCAGGAGGUACAAGAGAACCAUUACUGGGAGCAACUGGAACCAACAUUCAAGGAGAUGGGCUUUGCAUGCUUCUACAAACGGAGAACUGGGACAAAGACAGAUGGAUGUGCAGUGUGCUAUAAGCACAGCAGGUUUCAGCUGAUCAGCCUCAAUCCCAUAGAAUACUUCCGUCCUGGCCUGGACAUCCUCAAUCGGGAUAAUGUGGGCUUGGUGCUGCUGCUACAGCCUGUGCUCCCAGAGGGCCUAGAUCUGAAGGCCAUCAGUCCUUUGUGUGUGGCCAACACUCAUGUGUUGUUCAAUCCACGUCGAGGAGAUAUCAAACUAGCCCAGGUGGCCUUGCUCCUAGCAGAGAUUGACAAAAUUGCAAGAACUACUGAAGGCAGCUACUAUCCUGUCAUCUUGUGUGGAGACCUGAACUCUGUACCUGAUUCUCCACUCUACAAAUUCAUCCGGAAUGGUGAACUUUCCUACCAUGGGAUGCCAGCCUGGAAGGUGUCUGGUCAGGAAGACUUUUCCCAACAGUUGUAUUCACGGAAACUGCUGGCCCCACUGUGGCCGAGCUCACUGGGUGUAACAGACAACUGCCAGUAUGUCAGCCAGUGCCAGCCAAAGAAAACAGGGAGACGUGAAUACAGCCGUGACUUCCUGCUCCAGUUUCGUUUCUGUGAUGUUGCCUGUGAACGACCCCCGCACCUGGUGCUCCUAGAAGGUGUGACAGAUGUUAAACCAGACCGCCCUGCACACUGGCCCAAGCCUGCUCCCAUGGUGAAAGACCCUGAUCCGCAGCCAUUCAUCCCAAGGUGUUCAGGUGUUAUCCAGCAUGGCCUCAACCUGACCUCUGUCUACAGCCACUUCCUGCCACAGAGGGGACGCCCAGAGGUCACAACGAUGCCCAUGGGGCUUGGAGCCACUGUUGAUUACAUCUUCUACUCAGCAGAGCCUGUGGAGAACAGGGCAGGUCGCAGGCUAUACAAGGACGGAGCCCUGAAGCUGCUUGGCCGCCUUUCCCUGCUCUCUGAAGAUGUCCUGUUGAUGGCAAAUGGCUUACCAAAUCCUUUUUGUUCAUCUGAUCAUCUCUGCCUGCUGGCUAGCUUUGGCUUGGAGAUUUCCAGCCUGAGAGAGAGUUAGUGUUGGUUCCCUUUCCCUAAAGAAAGGCUGUUCUGAAUAGAGCAGUUGACAUACUGGAUUGCACAACCUGCUUGCAAGAAAACUCUUCCUCAUCAUGCCCUAAAAGUCUCUUUUUCCCCUCACACCCUCACUAAAAGCAGGGAUGGGAGAGUUGGAGCGCUUUUUGCAUUGGUAUUUUCUGGAUCUCUGCAACCCUGAGCUGUCUGCCCAGUGGGCUUCCCAUUGUAUUCAGGCAUUACCAUCUCUUGAGGGGAUCUUCGUUCCACUGCUUUGUUUAGCAGGUGUUUUCAUGCUGAGGGAACCAGCAUAACUCUUGUGUUUAUUUGUCCCUGUGUGAGAUCUUCAAGGAGCUGGAAAAGAGAAGGGCAGUGCUAUCCACUUCUGAUUAGUUAAUUGCUACCAAGGAACAUGGGAUAUAUACACCAAUAUUCUUUCACAUCAAAACAAUAGUUCUUUUAAUUCCUCAGUGAUAGUUUAUGAAGUAUGGUCCUUUCAGGGCUAAUUGUUUUGUUGCCUUUUAGAGUGUUGGAUCUGCUAACUGCUUAGAAAUGUCUUUUAUUUAAUAAUGUGUAAGGGCUGCCUUGCUGACAGAAGGGUUUGUGUGGUAUAACAGUUUCUACAAGAAACUGCUUGCUGUGACUAAUGGACCAGGGAAUGGGAUUGCCAGGAAUGGAGCCAGGGGUUCUGCAGAGCCACACAGCUCUAGGAUGGCAGCAAAAGGCUAGAGACCUUGGAGAAGGCUCCCUUCCUUUCUUUAGCAGUCUCAGAAUUGUACCUAGUUUGGCACUUGUAGGAAAAAUAUUUAGGAUCCUCCUAGUGAAUAUCCAUUGAAAAAAAAAUCACCCUGUAAGGCAUGACAACCCCAGAAGGCUAACUCUGGAGGUCCCAAAAAAGAGAUGAAAAUGGAAGGCAUGUGAGAGGCAGCAGAGACAUCAGAUGGAAGAGCUAAUACUUGUCACUUGCCCUACUCUUUCUCCGUGCACUCCCAUUAAGCCAGGUGUCCAUAGCCAACCUGUAGCAUCCGCCUGUACCAGACUAAAGUAAAAGCUCCUUCCUUCCUCUGGCCCCAGCCAUGUUUUGGUAGGUAGAACUCUUAGGACUGACUCCUGUCUCUUGACAGGCAUUGUGAGGAAGGGUAAGGCUAUGUAACUUGGAGCCAGAUUGUCAGUUUUUUGGAUCUCAGUGUACCUUUGGUGUCCUAUCGCUGUCUUUUUGUUAGCAGUGGCUUGGCCAGUACAAAAGCAUAGAAUUGUAUCUGUUCCUUGAGUAAAUUCCGCACUUCAGCCUGACAUUUGGUGCUCAGUUUUUCCCUGAGAGAUGAGACCAGGAUUGGCAGAAACAUUAUCAAUCAGUCAUUCACAAACGAGGCAGGAAAUCUGGUCCCACCUCAGGUUUUUGUGGGAAGGUACAAGGAGACUUGAAAUUUCAUUCUUUCUUCCUGGUCUGUAUUGAGGGACUUUCAUAUUUUAAAUGUUACUUCCUUUAUUCAAAAAUAAAAUA